GAAAUGAAGCCAGUGACCUUUCAACUCCCGAACAAUGCUGUAGUUGUUGGAGAUGCAAGCUGCCGGUAUCGAACCAGUGGAAAGAAUGUCUGCUAAGGGCUCUGAUGCUUAUUUCAAAAGGACAAGCUUCUUCUGGAUGGCUGUCGUUACUGGAUCCUUCGGCUAUUACACCCUGCUGAUGUUUUGGCCACAGAGCAUACCAUACAAGAGCCUGGGACUCUGGGGCAACAUCUCCAAGUAUCUGGUGGACAAUUAUCACCCCCUUUUGUAUAUUGGCUACUGGUUGGCCUGGCUGAUCCAUGUUGUCGAGGCAUUGUACAGCGUUAAACUCUGCAGUGUUAAAGGAAUCACAAACUCAUGCACUCGAUCCAAGUGGGCAUUUCAAACACUUCUGUUUGGGUUCACAUCCCUCCAGGACCUGUUGUCGUACAAACCAGAGAAGAAGGAAAAGUGAAGACCCAACAACACUUGUCAUCUCCGGCAACAUUAGUCUGAAAGAUACUCCACUUUCAGGGAAAUUGGAGACUUUAAAUGAAUGGGCAUGGUGUAUUUCUAACAAUAAUUUCUGCCAAUAAUUUCUGGUGAAGUUCUGCACAUGUUGGUUCAUUAUUUAAACUAGCUUACGUUUUCAAGUCAGAACAUCAGUCAUCCGUUUUAAAUGAAUAAUAGAAACGUAGAAAGCAAGUGCAGGUGUAGGCCAUUCGGCCCUUCGAGCCAGCACCAACCAUUCAAUAUAAUCACGGCUGAUCAUCGAAAAUCAGUAUCCCGUUCCUGCUUUCCCCUCCAUAUCCCUGGAUUCCGUUAGCCCUAAGAGCUACAUCUAACUCUCUCUUGAAUACAUCUUAUGCUUAAUCGACUGCUGUUCUUAGACUGGGAAUCACUGGAGGCCAUUCAGGCCACAGUAAGCCUGUGCCUCAGUUCCGUCCUUCUGCCCGUGGUAUUUCUCCGGAGAUCCUUAGCCAACAAAAAUCCAUCAGCCCCAGAUUUGAAAAGUCCAGUUGAUUUCCGUUCUUCUCUCUCACGGAAAGGAAUUCCAGAUUUCCACUGCUCUGUGCAUGGAAAAUGAUUCUCCUUGUCCCUACAGCUGAAAAGUCUGGAUCUUUUGUUAAGGUGUGGCACUGGAUAAAACAAAUCCUCGCCCCAUCAAAAUUACUUUAUAACUUUAAUUACCACAAACAGAUCAUCUCUGAACCUUGCAAAAUGUGAGAGAAUGUGAGAGAAGUCUUUGAAUGGACGUAAGCUCCAGUAAUUCUACCUUAGUCAGUCAGGAUGUGUCCACUCUUUCGUGGGAUCUUUCUGCAACAUCUUGGGAAGUAGCCAGAGCAACGAGGGAUAUCCUGCAAUCUGAUCAGUUGGCUCUUCCAGCAGGUCAAGCUAUGUAUAGAGCUACAACUUCUCUGAGCUGGGUCAACGAAUGCACCAACAGGGUUGAAACUAUUGAGUCGGGUCAGCCUUAGAGCAAAGAAUUCAGAUCCUGGCACCUAUUCUCAAAGGCCAUCAUUUUGUGAACUUCAGGCUAUUGCAUAUUAUGUGUAAUAAUGUUUGUUUCCAAUACAUGAAAAUAAACUUUGCAAUGCACCGAUAAAU